AUGGCGGGCAGCGGGGUCUCCGGGCUGGACUGGUAUGAUCCGCGGGCUGUGGCCAAGCCACCGCCUCCACCUGCAACGGCACCAGCACCGCCGACGCUUGCGAAAGAGUCGCGGGCGACCGGCGCGAAGCAGAGACCAAAGCCGCCAAGCACCCCAAAAACACCUGAAAAGGUGCAGCAAAAGCAAUCAGAGGAGGCGACAACGCCAGAAGCUUCCGAAGCAAAGGAUCCUGAAGGCACCGGAAAGGACAACGAUGUCGGUUCCAGUGGCACCAAGGAUGCAGGCAGCGAUGCUGCAGUCGAAGGCCGCGAUUUGAAUGUCUUGGAGGUUGCGCGCUCGGUAGAUGAGGCAACUCGGGCCAAAGAGCAGCUGGCCAGGGACUCCAUCGUUCGCGCGCGAGAUGAGGUACAAGCGCGAAAGGCAGCGCUUCAGGCCCAAAUGCGGGAGAAGGAGCUGCAGUUGAUGGAGGAGGAGAGGAGGUUGGCCGGCCUCGAGCAGGAGCUUAAGACGGGGUGCUCCCUCGCAGAGCAGAAGAAGGUGCAGGACUUGCGCACUGCCAUCGAGUCGCGCGGGCGCGCCGUGCGGACGCUCGAGCGCGAGGUGUCUUCAAAGAAGGAUACCAUGCAGAGAGCAACUGACGCCUACAUAGAGGCGGAAGAGCGCUUAGCGUGCGCCAAGCACUCAAUGAAGAAGCUCGAAGAGGAGAUGCUGGAGAUUAUUCUCUCAAGUGGCAAGGAGAAGGAUGCCCGCCUCACAGACCUGCUAAUGAAGGUGCCAGAGGUUGAGAAGAUUGACCAGGGCUGA